UCGAAUGUGUGGGGGCGUUUCUUCUAGGGUGGUGAUUUUUUCACUUCAUUAGGUGGUGGUGGUUGUUUCUUUUUAUCUAUUUGGUGGGAGUGGAUGGUUACUUGUGAGUGGUUGACAACAAGGGUGUAGGUGUAAACAGUGAAUUCCAGAGUGGGGUAUUUUCUUUAAAACCAUUUGUAUUCUGAAGAAUUAGACAGUCUAGAAUUUUUAUUUAAUUCUUAAAAUCAUUGGCAAUAUGUCAGUCAGGGCAAACGUGAUUGAGGAAAAUUGGGACGACGAUUGCGGCGGGCCUUCCUUUUUUGACACAGAUUUUUACGUAAGGACGGAGAAUCUACCGAUCAUCCGGAAUCCACCUCACGGUCUCACUCGUGGGGAAAGAAAGGCCUUUAGGCGUCGCGAGGGUGAACGUCACCAACGAUUGAGGAGAGAGGCUGAGGCAGAUGCAGCAGCGGAGGACGCUGAGGUGGUGGCAGCAGAGGCGGUGGCUAAGGCCGCUGUAGCCAAAGCCGAAGCGGCAGAGCGCCGCGCCGUUGAGGCUGCGGCGACACUUGCUGGUCUCCAAAUAGAGGCUAGACGGCUCCGCAUCAUUGCGGAUUCAUCAAGUGCAACAGCGAGGGGAAUAGCCGUCUCCCUCGAUGCAAAAAGACGAAAUAAAUAA